AUGCAAAAGCAGUUGGGGGCCAUGGAAGGCGAGGUCAAGGAAAUCCAAAUGGAACUGGCGGCGAUCAAGCGGGAUCGAUUAAAACGUCCGUCAAUCUACGGAGAAACCCAAGAUGUAACCGAAGAUACUGUUUAUAUAACUAAGAUUCAGAAGGAUGUAGUUGGCAAGUACCCCGAGAUUGAUAAAUUACGGGAAGAUUUGAUUCGAGCGAAAAAUGUUGCUGACGAGGAAAGGUUCCAGAGACAGAAAUACGAAAUGAAACUCAAAGAUUUGGAACUCAAACUUAAUAGUAUAUGCACUACUGCGCUAGCGUCUGAAAAAAAGGAAUCCCAAAAAAUUGCCGACGAAGAAAUAUCAUCCCUUAAAAUUCAAGUCCGGGACGCGAAAGAAGAAAUAGAGGAAAUGAGAAUUACUGUUCGUGAAAAGAACGAACAAUUGGAGGAAUAUCGUUUGAAGAUUCAAUUCCAAGAAAAGUUACAAGAACUGGCCCCUUUGCCUGACCUCUUAAAAGGAGCCCAAAUUCAACUCCAAGAAGCAAAGCAGAUGCAAAAAUUAGCAGAGGAUAGUUCACAACAAUUGUCGGGUGAAUUAAACCGAGUAAAAGAAAAGUUAGUUCUAGCGAUAAAUAAUUUAAAUCAAGAGAAAGCCGAUAAAUUCAAAAUUUUGGAAGACAAUGCAUCACUUAAAUUAACUAUUGAUAAGAAACACAAGGAAAUUGAUGGUCUAUCACGACACAUAGAUGAGCUAAAGUGCAAUGUGUUGAGACUUGAAGAAAAAUUGAUACAGGAAGAAAAAAGAUUCGAAGAAAAAGCAGAAGAAUACAAAAAAAUACAGAAAGAGUUAGAAGAUGUAAAAACAGAAGAUAGCAGGGCUCUUACGCGAUGCAAAGAACGUUCUGAGUCUAUGCGUCGCUAUAUGCAGACUCAGAUAUCUGAAUUGGAGCGACAGCUGGUACAGAGUCGAGCUCAGUCUAGAGCUUGCCACAAGGAACGAGAUGAGAUUCGACAGCGAAUGCAGACACAAAUAAAUAAUCUGCAGGAAAAUUUUGAACUGGUCGAAAUUAGAUUCCGCGCCCUUCAGACGCAAGUAGCGUCGUUGAAAAACAAUUACUCCAUUAUGCUCGCUGAUGAAGAUGACUGCUGCGAUUUUAACAAGAUUACCACCUGA